AUGGUAGCGGAGCUGGUCCGCCCAACCAGCGACAACCGGAGGGGCUCAAUCCCCAGUCGAACAGCUCAAGCAGGUGGCAUCAAUCUCAGGGGCACUGCGCGGUGGACAGAGCAGACGUCCCGCGCCUGGACAACAAUUCGUGGGAUUUACAAGUGGCUUGGUGCCGGGUUUUGGACCCUUGUUUUCAUCACCUGUGGGGUUGGAACAGCGUUCAUUUACGAGAUGGCAGCAGCAGAUGGAUCUCCCGCGUCUCAGACUGGCGCUCCUACGGAGAUGCAGCAGUUGGGUGCUAUGAUGCAACAGAUGAUGCUUGAGCAACAAAGGCAGAGAGACCGGUUGGAAGAGCUGGGGCAAGCGGUUCAAGGGACUGGUGCCGCUAUUCAAGGGACUCAGACUACGACAGAACAUGUGAUUCAACAAGUUGUUGCUCAGGUGCAGGCUGGUUUUCAGCAUGAGCAGCAACAACACCAAGACCAGCUGUCGCAGAUGAGUCAGGCGAUGCAGGCAAUUCAGACGCAGGUGCAACAGAUUCCGGUGGCCCAGAAUGAUCAGCUGCAGCAGAUUGGACAAGCAGUUCAGACGUUGCAGACGCAGGCACAACAACAGGUCAGUCCGGAACAGUUCCAGCAAUUCGGGCAGGUGAUUCAGAGUUUGCAAGGUCAAGUUCAACAGAUGAGUGGUGCGGCGGCUUCCGGAGGGAUUGGAAUGAAUUCCCCUCCGCAAGCGCCGAGUGGUUCACCUCAUCCACAACCUCCACAACAGUCGGGACCCCCACCAGUUUUUCAGUUUGGAAGUGGUGGAGCACAAGGUGGUUUCGGAUUUUCAGGUGCAACUGGGGCUCCCAUCAGUCCGGCAGUGGCAUAUGCGAUUCAACAAGGAGGUGUGGAUGGACGGCAACUUGGAAAACCUGCAACAUUCAAUCCAACAGAGAGCAAAGUUUCCUUCCAGGACUGGUCAGACUCGGUGAUCACCCUGGCUGAUUCUGCAAUGCCAGGGAUCUAUGAAUGCUUGGAGUGGAUCGUGACGGAGCAGCCCAAACAUGCUCUUGACCUGGCCUACAUGAAGGUGAAGUUUGGGCACCUGGAUGGAGCUUUGCUGGGCUAUGCAGAGUCCAACAUCUACGCCAUCCUGUCAUCCUACACGGCAGGGGAGGCGAAGUCUCUUGUUCGUCAAGCCAAGAGGCCCAAUGGCAUGGAAGCCUUCAGACUCUUGCAGGUCCGGUUCAACCCAGUGACGAUUGGACGCCAACGAGCUCACCUGAUGAAGAUUGCCAACCCGCAGGAGAGCAUCUCUCUUGACAAGCUCUCUGCAGAGAUCGUCAGCUGGGAAAACCGCAUCGUGGACUAUGAGGCCAGACCCAAUGCAGAGAAGGUGUCCGAUGCAAUGAAGAUGGCGGCGUUGAUCCACAUGGCGCCUGCCAAACUUCGAGAACACCUCCAACUGAAUGCUGGCAGAUUUGUGCGAUAUCUGGAUCUACGUGAGGAAGUCUUCUCCUACCUGGACCAAGUGACUCCGGCAAGCCACAUAACGAUGGACAUCGCGUCAAUCAGUCGAUCUGGGAAAUCAAAAGGGAAAUAUGGAGGCAAAGAUGGAAAAGGUAAGAAAGGUGGUGGAAAGAAGGGAGAUGGAAAGCAAGCUGUGUGCAGCAAUUGUGGAAAGGCGGGUCAUACCUUUGAUGCCUGCUGGAGCAAACCGAAAUCCCUCAAUGCUGUGGACCCCAAGCUUGCUGAGAUGCAAUCAGCAUAUGCGAAGGCGGCCAUGGAGGACUACAAGCGUCUUCAAAGUGGGGCAUCAUCUUCCUCGGCAUCACCGCCGUUGAUCCUACAUCCUCCGAGCCCUCCAUCACCACAAUCUCCGGAGACAACAUCGACAGCAGCUCACGUUGGGAGCUUGGCAAUUCGAAGUUUGUGUGCUUUGAGCCGAAGAGCUUUGGACAUUAGCCGAGAGAUCUUCAGGAACUCCACUCCGGCAUGUGUUCAACGCCACCUGACCAGGUUGGUGGCAGGGCCCAAUGAAGUGCUGGCCACGAUCGACAGUGGAGCGGCGGCUUCAGUGUGUCCUCCGGGCAUUUUCCAUGGGUGGCCUACGGAAGAUCCAGAACCAGGGCUGACGUUUCAAGCAGCCGAUGGCACCAUCGUCCCGGAGAUGCACAAGGUUCAGCCGGUGAUCAUCACGGAAGAGGGCUUUGUGCGGCAGACCCAAUUUUCUGUCGCAUCGGUAUACAAAGUGCUGGUGUCAGCUGCAGAGGUGGCCAACAGGGGACAUCGUUUGGUGCUCGGCCCCUACUACAUGGACAGCUACAUCGAGGACUUGGCCACGGGUGAGAUCAUGAAGCUGCAUCAGCAAGAUGGAGUAUAUGUGCAGAAGAUGUCUGUGCAUGUUCCUGAGGAUUUGGGUUUUUAUGGGCAGGCACCGGACUCAGUUCCGUCGGUGCUUCCCAUUGGUGUUUCUAUGGAGGAGGGAGAUCAACAACAAGAUCCUCGACCUGGAGCACCACGUGAGGACGAUGAGUAUGAGCCUGGCACUCCAGUGCGAUCUGAUGCUGAACAAGGUGUCUUUGAGCUGGGUGAUGACCAGGAGGUGCAAGAGGCAAUCGAAAGUGGAGAACUUCAUGUGGAGCAUGAGGAGGAGACUAUGAAAAUGGGGCAGGUGACUCCAUUUAGACCGUCAGAGGCUGAGGUGAGAGAGCACAACAUCAGCCAUGUUCCUUACAGAAGUUGGUGUGCGCAUUGCGUCAGAGGACGUGGUCGAGCUCAAGCACAUCAAAGGCAGAAAAGAGAUGAAGUGGCAAAGGGUCGGAAAAGGCCUAUGGUUCACAUCGACUACUUCUACCUUGGGGCAAGGGAGGAUGACACACUUCCAUUGCUUGCGAUGCUGGAUGAAACUUCGGAAAGAAUGUUCUCAUUGACUAUGCCAUGCAAAGGUGUGGAACAUCAGUAUUGUGUGGCUGCAGUGGUGAAGCUGAUGAGAUGCCUGGGAUUGCAAGAUGCUGUCAUCAAGAGUGACACUGAGCGGUCUUUGGUGGCGCUUCGAAGAGGCGUUCAAGAUCAACUUCCUGGAGUUGGGUUUGAAGAUGCAGUGAAAGGAGAGUCGGCGAGCAACGGGGCAAUUGAGGCAGCCGUUGGCAGGUUGCAGGGUCAGGCUCGAACUUUGAAGAGCUGCUUGGAAGAUCACUAUGGCUUCAAGAUCCCUGCACGACAUCCUGUGUUUUGUUGGUUGGUUGACUACGCUGGGGCUCUCAUAUCCAGAUUCUUGAGAGGCGCUGACGGCAGAACGGCCUUUGAACGUUCAACUGGUCGAGCCUGGCGCAUUCGCCUUCCAGAAUUUGGUGAAUGCGUUCUCUAUCAACCACUUCGAGGAGAACGUGAUCAGAAGAAGAUUGAACCUCGCUUUGAACUUGGGGUUUACCUUGGAAUCCAGGAAGGAACAGCUAUGAGGUGGAUCGGAACUUCCACCGGAACAGUGAGAACAUGGACAAUCAAAAGAUUGCCGGAAGAGGAGAAAUGGCAGAAGGAAUUGUUGGAGGCGGUGAUUGGAUUGCCGUGGCAGCUUCGUCCUUCAGCUGCCAAAGAGGUGGAAGCACAAAGACUUCCCAUUGAGAUUUCCUUGCCCGAGGUAGAGGAGGAGCAGAAACCUGCAGUGGAGGUGAAAAGAAAGAACUAUGUGCCGAGGGGCAUCUAUGUGAGACGCGAUGUGGAGCUUCGCGAUUUCGGCUACACCGAAGGGUGUGAUGGAUGUGAACGAGCCAAAGCCGGGCUGUCACACAGACAGCACUCUUCAGCUUGCAAACAAAGGAUCAUGAACGAGCUCAACAAGACUGAAGAGGGCAGACGCAGAGUUGAAGCUAUGAAAAGCAGAGAGGAGAAAUAUCUUGUGGCCUACCACGAGAAGGAAGAAAAGAAAAAGAGGGCUGCUGAGCAGCCUGAUGGUGGAGUUGAAAAGUCCGCCAAGCAGUUGGCAGCUGAGGCGGAGAUGGAUGCCAUCCUUGGGCCAUUGGAGGAGGUAGCUUCAAGUGGCCAAGGGGGCCAUGGUUCAGUCGGAGAUGGAUCAGCUUUGGCAGGGGCAGCGGCCGUUCUUGAUGAGGCUGAUGGUCCUGCGAUGGAGGUGAUUCCAGAUGAGAUGGAGGCCGAUGAUGUGGUGGCAAGGCCGUCUAUGGACAUUGGGGCACUGCAACAAGUUUCCAACAAUGCUGACUUCAAGAAUGCAGUCAAAGAGGCCAGCCUGAUGGAGACCGCACAGUUGCUCAUGGAUGAGGAUGUUUCGAUGCGGCGGGUGUUGGUGCAGUUGGGGGCCAUCAGUUUGAACAAGGCCUACGACAUGAGAGAACCCGUCGUGGUGGAGUUGUUUUCACAGCCUCGUGUGACUCAAGGUUUGUCGAGCGGUUUGGCACUCGACCUGAGGACACGAGACGAUGAUGGGAACCCUUGGGACUUCAGACUGGAAGGGCAACGGCUUAAGGCCCAGAACUUGGUGGAUGCGUUCAAUCCGGACCUUCUACUUGGAUGCCCUCCAUGUGGUCCCUUCAGUGCGUUGCAAGCACUCAACAAAGACAAGGUUGACCCAGAGGUGAUGGCUGAGAAGAUUCAAGAGGGCGAAGAGCAUUUGGCUUUUUGCUGCAAUCAGUACAAGCGGAGAAUGGCUGCAGGUCGUUAUUUUCUGCAUGAACAUCCUGCAUUGGCAAAAUCCUGGAAAAGUCCGAGCGUGACAGAUGUUUCUGAGCAGCCUGGUGUUUACAAGGUGGAAGGAGACAUGUGUGAACAUGGGAUGGAACUGCAAGAUGACAAUGGCUUGUGGGGUUUUGCGAAAAAGAGGACUGGCUAUUUGACCAACAGUGAAUGCAUAGCACAAGAACUGGAAGUGAAGUGCAGCAAUGAACCUGGGGCAAUAGCAGUCUGGCGGGAGACAACUUUUCAGCCGAAAACUGGACAGAUGCCAAGCAAGCGUGGCCCAAAGUGGAACAGUGUGGUUCGUAGGGUGACGCUGGAUCUGACAAAUGGGACAGUUUUACAAGAUUUGCAUGAUGCUUGCAAUGCGGAGAAGAAGGAGGUGAAGUUUGCCAUCCCUGAAAAGUGCGUACGUGUUGAGACGCUGUUUUAUCACCGUGUGCCUGGGAAGUCAUGGCACAGGCACAUUCCACUGAUUGGGGGAAAGGCAAAGCAAUGUGAGAAAUACCCUGAUGGUUUGGUACAAGCAAUUCUUCGUGGGUUGCGAAAACAAAUCAAGCGAGACCAUCCAAUUGGCAGCAUGAGUUUUGGACCUACAAAUGAGGAGGUUGACGUGGACCUCACCUUGGCACCGGAUGACUGGGAAACAUUUUCAGAUGAGAUUUCUGGCAAAGCACUGAAUGCAAAGUUGGUGCGUGAGGCACGGGCAGAAGAGAUUGAGUAUGCCCGGCGUUACAAAGUUUGGGAAGAAGUUCCAGUACAACAAGCUUGGGACAGAACGGGCAAGGCACCUAUCAGCUCAAGGUGGAUCGAUGUCAACAAAGGAGAUGAAGCCCGUCCACAAUACAGAAGUCGCCUGGUCAUACAAGAGAGAACAGGUCACCAGAAAGAUGCUCGAGGUCGUGGACGCAAAGUCAUGUUCAUUGACAUUCGGAGAGCUCACUGGACAGCUCGCAUUUUUCGUGAAGUUUAUGUUGCUCUUCCAGAGGAGGCUGGACUCCCGGAAGGGACUUGUGGCAGGCUGCUGAAAGCCAUGUACGGAUGCCGAGAUGCGGCAGCUUGCUGGGAAUUGGAGGUGACCGACAUGUUUACAAGUUGUGGUUUUGCGCCUGGAUUGGGAAGCCCUGUUUUAUUUGUCAAUCAGACCCGCGAUCUCAAGGUUUCAAUACAUGGGGAUGACAUUACAGUUUUGGGUUUUCACGAUGAUUUGGUGUGGCUUCGCAAGAAGCUGGAGGAGCGAUACGAACUGAAGUUUGGUGGUCUUUUGGGGCCUGAGCAGACAGACGUGCAGGAUGUCGCCCUCCUGAACAGACUGAUUCAUUUUGGCGCUGACUGCACAACAAUUGAGGCAGAUCCGAGACAUGUGAAAAUUGUUCUGAACGAGCUGGGGUUGAACAAUGCAAAGACCGUCAGUUCCCCUGGUGUGACUUGCAAAGACGGAGAUGAUACACCUUUGAGUUUGGAAGAUUGCAAGAGGUUAAUUUGGAAGUAUGAACAACAAGACGAACAAUUUGGUCUUCGUAUUCAUACAGAUUCUGAUGAUGCUGGAUGCACUGAAUCCAGAAAGUCGACGUCCUGUGGUGCACUUUACCACGGGAAACAUUUACUGAAAUUUUACAGCUCAACGCAGCAUGUCAUUUCUUUGUCAAGUGGUGAAAGUGAAUUUUAUGCUGGCAUCAAGGCUGGUUCGACGCUCCUGGGAGCCCUGGCAACAAUGAUGGAUCUGGGGUGUCAGUUGAGUGGGACGCUGGUUUUUGAUGCAACAGCUGCAAAGGCGAUGAUGAACCGCCGUGGACAUGGGAAAGCCAAGCACAUUUCAAGGUGCUAUUUAUGGUUGCAGCAGAGAGUUCACGAUGGCGAACUGCAACUGGAAAAGAUAGGCCAGAACUUCCAGACAGCCCAUGAGUGUCGCACUGACGAAAGUUGUUGGACCUGGGGAGCCCGGUUCCAGACAGUGCUGGUAACCUAUCGCAAGCUGGUGACCGCUUUAGAACCCUUGGCAAUCAUGUUCAACGACGAUGGGGAGCCAUUGCAACCCACCUGGGAAAUUUGGGCCAGGAAUCAUCCCGACGGGCAACCGGCGCGUUGGACGAGCAUUCCUCAGGAACUUCAACAUUGCAUUGAAGCUGCAUGGUUGGAAGGGCAUCCAAAGGUUGCCUUGCAGCUGCCCCAUGCCACGGAAGGUCGCAUGGCUCCUGGCAGCUACGAGCUCACCUUUGGCGAUGAGCGGCAGACGCAGAGCACGGUGAAGAAGUUAGGGCCCGGCGGUUGGACUGCGAAGGCCAGACGUUCGGUGCUGUCAAAUGAGGAUGACACCAUUGCAGUUGCCGCUUCAACUGAUGAGCUCUGUGUGAUCUGCAUGGAGCGACGGAGAACUCAUGCCUUCAUGCACGCUGAUACCGGAGACGGGCACCUGGCUGUGUGUGUUGAUUGUGCAGAGGCCUACCGUGCGGAGGCCGCCGUGCCGGGCGGUGCACGCGCGGUGCGCAAUUGCCCCAUGUGCCGUCGUAGCUUCAGUGCCAUUCACCGGAUUUAUCAGUGA